CACUUCAGAAGCAGAAGAAGCCAUUGAAGCUUAACGAGGGCGUUAUAGGAAGAGGAAGACGAAGAGCCUUCCCAAAAUGACUACCAGACCUAAUCAACAGCAUCGGCGCAUAGAGGAGAGACCGCUCCAGAACGGAGACCACCGGCCACGGCAACCGCCACCUGCACGUGGGGCGGCACCGCCACCACAGGCAUCGUCUUCCGGUGGGAACCACCACCAGCCCCAACCCCAACCUCAACCCCAAACACAACUUCCCCGCCAUUACUACCCGCCGCCACCGACGCCGUACCGGCCGUCGUCUUCCGCCUCCUUUAGAGGCUGUUGUUGUUGUCUUUUCCUUCUCUUCUCCUUCCUUGCUCUUCUCGUCCUCGCCAUAGUCCUUGUUAUCAUACUGGCCGUGAAGCCCAAGAAGCCUCAGUUCGAUCUCCAGCAAGUAGGCGUUCAGUACAUGGGCAUAACGCCAUCCUCCGUCGCCGGCGUCGCCUCCAACGACCCUACCGGCUCCACCGCCUCUCUCUCCCUGACAAUCCGGCUGCUCUUCACAGCGGUGAACCCUAACAAGGUGGGGAUCAAGUACGGCGAGUCCAGGUUCACCGUCAUGUACAGGGGAAUUCCGCUGGGCAAAGCUUCGGUGCCUGGGUUCUAUCAAGAAGCUCACAGCGUAAGACAGGUUGUGGCCACCAUUUCCGUCGAUCGAGUCAAUUUGCUUCAGGCCGACGCCGCCGAUUUAAUCCGAGAUGCUUCACUCAAUGACAGGGUCGAGUUACGGGUCUUGGGCGACGUUGGAGCUAAGAUCCGAGUAAUGAACUUUGACUCCCCUGGCGUUCAGGUUUCGGUGGAUUGUGCUAUAGUGAUCAGUCCAAGGAAGCAGAGCCUGACAUACAAGCAAUGUGGAUUCGAUGGACUGAGUGUUUGACCAGAAAAGUGCAGAGCAGAUCCUUCCAGUUGUCAUUGAAGGAGAAAGUGAAGAGACAUAGAAAUGGGGGUGAGAUUCAAAGUUUCAUCCUUAUUUCUUAUCUUUUUUUCUCUUUAUUUUUUUAAAUUCACUUUCUUCUCCAUUCACUAUGAAGGAUCUAAAUCCAUGAAACUGACAUUCCCCUUCUUUUCUUUUCCUCCUUCAUCGAUGCCCUUUCCUCUCUCACACUCACUUGAGCUCUCAUUUCUUCGAGUAAUUUGAGGAAGAAAUGAGAAAACAUUAUAUAUGC